ACUCACUGUGCCCGCGGUCUCUCACAAUAACAAAAACGUUCAAGAAAAUCCGUAACUUUGUCUUUAUCACUCAUUUCUUCCUCUAUUCUUCUCUCACGUCCUCGGAAAUAAAGGAAGGAAGGAAUAUCUGGUGAAAAGAGCUCGUGAGCUGAGGUCUGUAGGGGAAGUUAGGUGAGAAACAUCGUUUAAAUACAAGAGGAGGAAAUCACGUAGGACUAACAUGGCUCGAAAUGCAGAAAAGGCAAUGACAACACUGGCCAGAUGGCGAGCAGCCCAGGAAGGAGGGGGACAACAGCAAAAAUCACGGAGGCCAUAUCUCGCCUCCGAAUGCGAGGAUUUACGAGAGGCUGAAAAGUGGAGAAAUCAAGUGAUAUCAGAGGUUGCUCGGAAAGUUUCACAGAUACAGAACGCUGGCUUGGGAGAGUUCAGAAUCAGGGACCUGAAUGAUGAAAUCAACAAACUGCUGCGUGAAAAAGGUCAUUGGGAGGUCAGAAUCAAGGAACUUGGUGGGCCGGACUAUGCUCGGGUCGGCCCAAAAAUGACCGACAUGGAUGGACAGGAAGCUCCAGGGAACAGAGGGUAUAUGUAUUUUGGGGCCGCCAAAGACCUGCCAGGAGUGAGAGAGCUGUUCGAACAAGAACCUCCAGCUCCUCCUCGCAAGACCAGAGGAGAGCUGAUGAAAGAUAUCGAUGCAGAUUACUACGGUUACAGAGACGAUGACGACGGCGUGCUCAUACCAUUGGAGAAGAAAGCGGAGAGAAAGGCCAUUAAAACAGCUGUCAAACAAUACACUGAAAAGAAAUUGUCAGCAUUGUCGGACAAUGCUGAAGACGAAGAAAUUAAUGAAGAACAUCAAGAGGAGGAAAGUGAGGAAGAAUCGGAUCAUGAAGACGAACAAAUGUCUUUAGAUGAAACGGAUGAGAGAUCAGAGGUUCAGCGUUUCAUGGCUCACGUGCCCAACAUCCCAACACAAGCAGACAUCGAAGCAGCACUUGUCGAGAGAAAGAAACGGGAGUUACUACAGACUUUCUUAGGUGACUGAAAUCUAAGUGGGGGGUGCAGUGUUAACCAGCAUUUCAGACAUUAAAAUCUAAGUGGGGGGUGCAGUGUUAACCAGCAUUUCAGACAUUAGUACAACUGUUGUGAAAAAAUGAAGCAAGACAUUCAAUUCAGUAAGCUGAUAUUACUGUGUAUGUCGAGGUAAAAAAUGGUUCUGUAUUGCUUUAUUCUUAAUUUGGUUAAUUUAUGGCACUGAUUGUGUUAUGUAUAUAUGCAAUUUUUUUUUUUAACCUCUUACUUAGGCAGUACUUAAUGAGGUAGAAAAGCUCAAUAAUGAAGAUUGUACUCCAUAAUUUUUUUUUUUAGUAUUGUUCACAUUUAAUGGUAUUGGCAUUUGCAUGUGCAGUGUGCAGAAACAUUUGGAAGGUAAAUAACUUCCAACAAAAUUGAAAGGCUGAAUUGUACAGAAUAUUUCUGGUAUCCCUUCAUUAAUUACAACUGAAUAUUGUCUUUGCUAUACUCACAUACAUGACUAUACAUAUGCUCAGAGAAUUAUCAAAUAUGUGGCAGUUGGUUUAUUUGCUACUGUGAGACUUUGUGAAGAUAGAAAGAUAUUAAUAAGUUUUAUGUCCUGUUGCAGUUUGUGAUAUUGAGUGUUGCAUUUAUUUCAAUUUCAUAGUAUAUAAAGACCAUAUCAAAAGCUAAAAAUAACAUCAAGCCAAUUAGUGUCCCCAAUAAGUGUUUUAAUGGGUGUUUAUAUGUAUAUGUACAACCAAACAUUAUUUUUAUAAUUUUAGAGGAAAAUAAUAAUACUGAAAAUUAUGAAA